CUUACAUAUCAAAUAUUUUGCCACCAUUUUCAAUACUUUGGGUAAACUAAAAGACAACCAAUUUAAAUACAUACAGAAGUGUUAGACUUAAGAAAUGCUCAAACCAACUGCUUAUACUACCAAACAAAAGUCUCUGUUUAUAUCGGAUUCAUCAUCUGAUAAUGAAGAACUACCAGAUAUAUUCAGCAAACGAUAUUUAGGUGAAAAUGGAGCAAAAUCUAAAUUUGACACGGGAACAAAAGUUUCUGCUGAACCUCAAAUGAAAAAAAAAGUUGUAAAAAAAUCGAUAACGAAGUUGAAUAAAAAAGUUGAAGAUGUAGAGAAGGCAAAACGUAAAGCUGCACAAGCUGAACUUAAAGCUUUGAGGCCCGAAGAGAGUUUAAAACAGAUAGUUUGUUUGGUGGACGCUAAGAUUGAAGCAAUGGUGGGGUGUGGGGUGGUGAGAAAACUCUGUGAAGGUAGUGUGGCUUCAUACCAAGUAACUGAUGGUGGAUUCUCUUGUGUGAAAUGGAGACGGAAAGUUGAGUUGUAUGGAACAGAUGAAACUUCUUCUGUAACUAUGACCACUGAUGUGCAAGACGAACCAUAUGUGCUACUCGUGCUUCCAUGUGUCGAUUUUUUAAGCAUAGUGUCAAACAGAGGUGCUGUCACUUGUAAUGCAUGGGUUGGAGAAUUAAAACAAAGUUUUCCAGCGUGUCAGAUUUAUGUUGUUUGUUUUGGAAUGACAAAAUAUCGCCGCAAAGUGAAAAACAACGCCCAGAAAAACUUUCGACAGCAAGUUUUACAAAAUUCGGAAAAAGUUGUGAAAAGUACAAAAAAGAAACCAAAUUUUGAACUCACUGACUUUGAAAUCGAAGAACUUCUUGUAGAACUGCAAUUAACAUCUGGUUUUAAAAUUAUUUUUGUGGAAAGUACAGAUGAAUUGGUUUUAUUGAUUCAACAAACAACAAAGUCCGUAGCAGAAUCUCCGUAUAAACGAAUGAAAAGAAACAAUGUUCAGUUUAUUAAUGAAAAAGCUUCUGUUAAGGUUGAUGCAACUACAGGUCAAGGUUCGUACAACGCGUGGAAACAAAUGUUGUUACAAUUCCAUAACCUGAGUCCUGACAUGGCGGAUGCUAUUCUUAAGCAAUAUCCCAGCCUAUCUAGCAUCAUGUCUGCAUAUGAUGGUUGUAAUGCAGCAGAAGGAGAGACACUGUUGGCUGAUCUAAUCAUAAGGCGAGGGGUGGGAACCAUACAAAGCACUAGAAGGGUGGGACCAGAGCUUUCUAAGAGGAUUUAUAAAAUGCUAACGAGCAAAAACGGAUCGGAGAUUUUAUGAUUAUGGUUUACUGAAAGUUAAGCAGCGUAAUAGUUUGUAAAAAGAUUUGACAACACUUCGAUUUUUGUGUUAUAUACGUUAAUAAAUUCAUUAUUAUUUGAAUUUCAUUAGUAGUUGAAUAAAUGAACGGAUGAAACU